AUGGAUGGUUUGCAAGGAUCCAGUACGAACGUUAACCGGAAACGGAGGAGCAAUUUCCUGACGCUGGUGGAGAAGGUUCGCAUAAUUGAAGAUUUUGAAGCAGGAUGUGGUACGCAUGACUUUCUUGGGAAGAAGUACGGCGUAGGAUCUUCUACGGUCACGAGAAUAAUCCAAAAGAAAGAAGCAAUUCGUGAGGCGGUGGACAAGUUCAAGGAAUAUGGUGUAAAUAAUCGAAGAACAUUGAAAGAGCAGACGUUCCCUUUGCUGGAAGAAGCUCUUUACAUCUGGAUUUUACAGCAGCGGCAGUCCAACAUUUUGUUGACAGUGGAUAUUCUUAAAGCAAAGGCGGAGCUGCUGUUUAAGAUGUUCCAGGACCGGGGGCUCUAUGCGGUGCACGGUUUUUCUGCUUCGGAUGGCUGGAUGCAUCGUUUUAAGCAGCGGUUUGGAUUGCGCGUGAAAGCCGUAACAGGAGAAAAGGCAUCGGUAAACGUUGAAGCGUACCUAAAUUUCAAGAAGGUUCUACAGAAGAAGAUUCAGGAAAUGCAGCUAUCACUAUCCCAAGUCUUUAAUGCAGAUGAAUCUGCCUUGUUCAUCAAGCUCCUAGCCACACGCUCUGUCGUUACCUGUGAUGAGACCGUGGCAAGCGGACGGAAGCAAAACAAGACAAGGUAUACGUUUAUGCCUUGCUCCAACAUAGAUGGUUCCCUAAAGCUUCCGUUGUAUUUCAUUUGCACUGCUGCAAAACCACGAGGAAUCAACAUCGAAGAACUUCCCGUUUCAUAUAAUCAUUCCAAAAAGGCUUGGAUGACCAGACUGUUGUUCCGUCAAUGGUUCCACGAAGAGUUUGUCCCCGCUGUUCGAAAAUUUUCGGCCGAGAGAGGAUUGGAGCCAAAGGCAUUGCUGGUUCUUGAUAAUUGCACCAGUCAUUAUGACGUUGACGAAUCUCUACAGAGUGACGAUGCACUGAUUCAAGUGAUCUACCUCCCACCAAAUGUAACUGCUGAAUGA